CGGGCUUGUUCAAUUGAGUACCUGCCUGGUGCUGGGAGUUCCUUGACGUAUAGAGGCUCUGCUGCUUACUUGGUCUGUCUGUCCGAUGUCUACUUCCGUCCAUCGAGAAGAAAAAUCGGAGCAAAAGGCGCCCUGCCGGAUUUUCGAGAUCCUCCAGUACAACUGCGAGCCGGAAGGCACAGGCUAUCACUGCUUCCCGAUAUCUCGAAUCUUUCGAAUAUGCGACGGGCGACCAGCCAUAGAGAUUACUAGGUUCGUUGAUGUUGACGUGAAAACCGGUGCGGUAGAGCUUCCCUCGGACCCCUCACAAAUCUUACCCAAAGGGCGGCCUUGGCGAGACGUGGUGCGGUAUAACACGAAGACCUCGGACGAAUGAUUCCUUUCAUAACAUUGGGUCUUUUGUUGAUACCUUCCCCCCCCCCCCCCCACCGCGACUGUUGCAUUCACGGCGAUAUCGUGCUUGUACACCUACUAUCUAUAGAGUUCUCGGCGUUUCUCAUGUCGCGCUGGACAGCGUGCCUCCUCCGUUAACCACGACACCUUGCGGUGACCUUUGAUGUAAAGUCGGUCACUAUGUUUGCAACACGAACGUAUCCCACCC